AUGGAGUGCAUCACGAACGGACAUCGGCGUGGUUCUGGCACUCGGGCCAGGCUCGCGGACUCAUCUGCACGCGGAUGUGGACUAUCCUUUGCGUGUGAUGCGGAUGUGGAUGUGGACUAUCCUUUCGUUGCUGAAUGUCAGUGUCUCGACUAUGUUGAGCUUCAGCGUAUUGACGUUUUGCGUAUUCCGAAGUCGUCCAUUCCCCUGGACAUUGAUCCUUUCUAUAUGUUCACUCCGAGCAAAAAUUAUAAAGAGGACGAUGAGGACAGCGGAUUCCGUUCGAGAGUCAACUCUGGUUUGUUUAACUAG